AUGUAUGUCACUCCACCGGAUACAGAUGUGUAUUCUAUUCCCAAAGUUUUGGCUCCAAUGCCUCAAAAGUACAUCCGUUGUGCAGUGAGUGAUUAUAGCUGCUACAACGUUACAGAACCGCCCAUUGAUGCACCUCGAGACCCUCUUUAUAAAUCCGAGAGAGAGGUCAUGAAGGUGUUUUUGACAAAACAUUACAGGAACCGGAGGUUGGUUGACCCGGAAUUUGUGCUAGACUUUGAGGAGAUAUAUAUGAUUGAUUCCAAGACCAAGUCAAUUACCAGAGCUAAAGUUUUUGGUAAUAUCCUUGAGCUUGCUCUGAAUCUUAGUUCAAGGAAACUUGAAGCAUCCAUUGCUUUGUGUGAUUCUUCACUGUCAUAA